CCAACCCAACAUUCCUUCCUCCUCUGCUCUCGACGACAGCGGGGACGGUGCGCGGAGACGCCGGACGGCGGGCAAGGGCGAAGGCGUGUCGCCUUGGGGCUGCUGUGUUCCACUCCACGGCCGGCAUGGCCGCCUCUCCUCCGUCGCUGGAGCUGGAAAUCUACUCCGUCGCAGGCUCAGGUCAGCUUCCACCAACCCGCCUGCCCGCCAGGUGCUUGCGUGUAUGCCCACAAGUCACAAGAUUCGUUCCGCCAACAAGUCAGCUUGCGAGCGCGAGAGGGAUCUCACGCUCGCUCGCUUGCUUGAGUGGUUUGAUUUGACAUCCGGCCAGGUCCACUCGCUUUCGACUCCCGCCGGCAGCUACGGAUGCCAACCUAUCUACUACGAUCUAGUUCUAGUGUGAAUACUUUGGGCCACCUCUUAAUUUCCUCUUGCUUGCUUUGCUUCCAUCAGCCCAGCAAGGCAUGACGCAGCCUAUUUGAUGCUCCUGUGCUGUACCCACACUCGAAUCAACCAAUGCAUCUAUCUGUUCCGGUUCCAAUUCCAAUUCGGUGAGAGUAUAAUCAACGCCGCCAACUAUAGGGAACAACCAUCACCCGGGUGUGAAUGCUAUAGUGGUUUAGAUCAAAAUUAUGUACGAAUUAAGUAUUGUGACAUUUGCUCAUCGCUCUAUAUGGUUUACAUCAUAGUUUUUUAGGAGCAGUAUGGAUUAUGCAUAUCCUAAAUUCUUCUUUUUUUGUAUGCGGAUUCUAUAAAAGUUCUCGAAAUAGUAGGCAUGUAAUUCUAGGUUUUCUUAAAACAUAUACAAUUUCCCGAAAGAAUUUACAGUGAGAUUACAAGGAAUUAGCAUCAUGGAUUAUCAGUCAUCCUCUUAAAAAUUGAAAUUUGGAAAAGUAGCAAGCGUCAUAAAAACAUAUAUAUUUUUCGGUGAUGAACGGAAAAUCAAUGUCUAGUCUAUAUAUUGUACGUGGAUACAGUUUGUUUUCGUUACAUUAGUGGUUCAGAGUUCAGAGUAAUAGAAUUCCCACGUGUAUCAACCAUAUAUCACUCACUAGUCCGGCACAGCAGUGUAAAAUCAAACCGAGAGAAGUCUAUCUGCCCCGGUGACUUUUCAGCACGUACGGCACGGCAGUGUAAAAUCAAACAGUGACAGGCCUAUCUGCCCGGGUGACUUUUCAGCACGGCACAGCAGUGUAAAAUCAAACGGAGAGAGGCCUAUCUGCCCGGGUGACUUUUCAGCACGACUUGUCUGCCUCGAUCGGGGUUUACCAGUCCAAAAAUCUACUUCCCCAGCUCAAAAUAGAUAAAUCUAUUUUAAGUAGACACAGUUUGUUUCGUUCUGUUUCGAUCGGGUUUUGCCAGAUAUUAUUUUGGAAAUCAAACUGUGGACGCGACCAGUCCCAUAUGAUUACCAUUGCACGCAGCAUACGACGAUCGACGCACGGAUGGAAUCUCGUCAUCGUCUUCCUCCUCGUCCGACUCCAUGGGAAUGCUAGUCCCUCUAGUCGUACGCGGAGCUGUCUCUCGCAUCACCUCCGGGCCCCAUGGUGAGAGGUAUGCCAAUAUAGAUGAACCUCUAUAAGAAGAGACUUUCCAUUGAGCUCCACCGGCACAAAACAAAUAACCUACUCCAGCUGCCAUGCGACUAGCCAUGGAGACCUCCCCUCAACUAAAGCUUGUCUCGCUUGUUCUCCUGCUAGCCUCGUUUUCCCAUGCCAUCGCAGCAGCAACCCCAUCUCUCCUGGAAGAACAGGCUGGAGCCCUCCUUGCCUGGAAAGCCACCAUACGUAGCCCCCCAGCCCAGCUGCAGUCCUGGGGAAGCAACAUCACAUGGCCAUGCACCUGGUAUGGCAUCAAGUGCGGCAAGAACCAAGCGGGGCACCAGGAGGUCAUGAUCACCGAGAUAUCUCUGCGGGGUUUGCGGCUGAGAGCGGCGUUGGAAUCCCUCAACUUCACGGCGUUGCAUACUCUCACGAGUAUCCGACUCCCGUACAAUCAGAUAAGGGGCCCCUUUCCACCCACUUUAGCAUCAUCUUUGCCAAACCUGCGACACCUAAUGCUUGCAGGAAAUAAAAUCUUUGGUGAAAUACCAAGGCAAAUUAAACACCUAGAGAGCCUAGUGGGGCUGAAUUUGUCAAAGAACCACCUAUCCGGUCCCAUCCCUAGUGAACUAAGCUAUCUAAAGAAGCUUGCCAAGUUAGAUUUUUCCAACAACCACCUCACAGGCCCCAUUCCAAAAAAUCUAUGGAAUUGUACUCAACUCACUAUCUUGUACCUAUGGGAUAACCAACUUUCCGGGAGCAUCCCACAAGAACUAAGUUACCUAGUGAAUCUAGAAUUAUUGGAUCUUGGCACAAACAAACUCACAGGUUCCAUCUCCAAUACCUUUGGAAAUUUGACCAAGCUCACUGCCUUAUACCUCGAUGGUAAUUGGUUCUCUGGUCAUGUUCCACGAGAAAUUGGCACCUUAUUGGAUCUCAGAUAUCUACAAUUUUAUGAUAACAAUCUCUCUGGCCCCUUACCACCUGAAUUGUGUGCUGGAGGUAUGCUCAAGAGAUUAAUUGCAUUUGACAACAAUCUCAAUGGACCUCUUCCAUCAAGUUUGGUGAACUGUAGAAGCCUAGAAAGAGUCCGCCUUGAAAGGAAUCAAAUAGAAGGAGAUAUUUCUGAGAUGGGGGUUUAUCCAAAUCUGGUCUACAUGGAUAUGACCUCAAAUAAUUUGUUUGGUCAGUUAUCUUAUCACUGGGGGGAAUGUCAUAAUCUUACGAUGCUACGCAUCUCAAACAACAACCUUACCGGGGAAAUACCCUCAAGUAUGGGGCAGCUAUCUCAACUAGGGUGGCUUGAUCUUUCAUCAAACAAGCUUGAAGGAGAGCUUCCAAGUGCACUAGGCAAUCUAAAAAAUUUGUUCAACCUGAGCCUCGGGGACAAUUUGCUCCAUGGAAGCAUUCCACUAGAAAUUGGAGCACUAUCCAAUAUAGAGUUGCUGGAUUUGUCAUCAAAUAACCUAGAUGGGUUGAUACAAAAUUCAAUUGAGCAUUGUUUGAAGCUUCGCCUUUUGAAGUUGAAUCACAAUAACUUCGGAGGAAACAUCCCUCCUGAGCUAGGGUUAUUACGUAGCUUGCAUGACCUAUUGGAUUUGAGUGAUAAUUCAUUUACUGGGGCAAUACCAAGCCAACUUAGUGAUCUGAUCAUGCUAGAUACUUUGAAUCUUUCACACAAUAAACUUAAUGGCUCCAUUCCGCCAUCAUUUCAGAGUAUGGAAAGCUUGACAUCCAUUGAUGUAUCUUAUAAUGAACUCGAAGGGCUGGUCCCAGACAGUAACCUCUUCCAAGGAGCUCCAAUGCAGCGAUUCAUGCAUAAUAAGAUGCUAUGUGGUGUGGUGAAAGGAUUGCCCCCUUGUAGUAGUGCAAAUCAGAGCAGAGGGGAAAGGAAAAGAUACAAAAUACUUGUAUUAGCCAUUGUUCCUGCUCUGCUAUCUCUUGUUCUUGCUGUGAUGACAUUGAUGUUCUGGCAUGAAAGGAAGAAAACCAAUGCAACUAACGACGAUAAAGUAACAAAAGAAAAAGUCUUCUCUAUCUGGGGUUUUGAUGGGGCAAAUGUGUUCAUGCAAAUUGUUGAAGCAACCAACAAUUUUAGCGAGAUGCAUUGCAUAGGAACCGGUGGGUAUGGAUCUGUCUACAAAGCUAGACUUCCAACAUGCGAAAUAUUUGCAGUGAAGAGGAUACACGUGAUAGAAGAUGAGCAUUGUGAGAAUGAGACAAUGUUCAAUCGUGAAAUUGAGGCAUUGGUGCAGAUCCGUCAUCGAAACAUUGUAAAACUAUUUGGGUAUUGCUCCUCUAACCAAAGCAGGUUCCUUAUCUAUGAAUAUAUGGAGCGAGGAGACUUGGCGAAAACACUAAAGGAUAAUGAAAGGGCAACUGAAUUGGACUGGACAAGGCGGAUACAUAUUGUGUUGGAUGUGGUUCAUGCUUUGGCAUACAUGCAUCAUGAUUGUUCGUCACCAAUAGUCCAUAGAGAUAUAACAAGCAACAACAUUUUGCUUGAUUAUGAAUUUAGAGCUUGCAUCUCUGACUUCGGUACGGCAAAAAUUCUCGAUCUUUAUGGGUGGAAUCUCACAAGGCUUGCGGGGACCAAAGGCUAUCUUGCCCCAGAGCUAGCAUAUACAGAAAACGUGACGGAGAAAUGUGAUGUAUACAGCUUUGGGGUGCUUGUUUUGGAGCUAUUUAUGGGAUCCCAUCCAGGAGAUUUGCUCUCAUCCCUCUCACUGGCCACCACGAACAAUGAACUGUGCCUGCAGGAUCUGCUGGACUCUAGGCUAGUGCUCCCAGAUGCUGGAAUCUCUAGAGAUAUACACCGCAUGCUCACUGUCGCAGUCCGGUGCCUGGAACCGAGUCCAUCACGCAGGCCAACCGCACGACAUGUCGAUGAUGAGCUAUCUACGAUUAAAGCUUGCGAAGAUCAUGUCGAUUAUUUGCACGCUGGCAUCACAUUUCCUGCACUGUAGCUAUGGCUAUGGAUGGUGAAUUCAUAUCAUGUGGUUUGUUCUCUGCUACCUACCUAUUUGCUUAAAGUGUCGUUUUCUCUGUAACUGGUAUAUAUGGAACUAUUAAACCUGUAGUAAACCGCUUCGAUUUGACCUUAACAUUGUAUGAAGAGGCAAUUCACUCCUGCAAAACAACGCUGCAAUGACGUGUCAGAAUAAGCUCCGCCGACAGGUUUCGCGCCACCUGGCCAGUCCUCAUCCGCCUGCCCGCUAGGCCGCCUGCCAGGUGCUUGUGUUUUUUCCCAUGAG